AUGUCUUCCAUCAAGCACUUGGAAGCAGACUUGACGCUGCUAUCCAACGAGUGCAAGAGACGCAACCUGAAUAUCCGUCUGGAGUGCGAUGUGGCUGUUUCAAUCUUGAAAAAUUAUUCUCCAGACGCUUCGGUAGAAGCUCUAAAUGAUGACCAACGUCGCUUGUUGGCUGCACCAUUGGUGUCCACAUUGGCCAGUAAUAACACCAAACUUGUGACAAUAUCGAUCCUGGCCAUCAACAGACUCGCGGGAACAACUGCGUUCAGCACAGCUACCUUGGGACCACUUUUAGAUGGUCUUUUGGAAGCGUCGCAUUUGGCCAUGGAUAUCCAACUUCGAAUUCUCCAGUGUCUUCCGCCAUUGAUGCAAAACUACAUAGUAGAGAUUCGAGGAAAGUUGCUUUUGCGCUUACUCCAAAUCGGGUCCGGCUUGACGGUAGCCAAUAAGCCCGCAGUUGUCAUCAAUACUGCUGCGGCUACAUUGCAACAACUUUUCGGUUACAUUUACGAACGCAACGAAAAGUAUGGACUCGAAGCCGUGCCGGAAAAAACAGAUAAACAACCCCAUGAGGCUAAAAUCGACAACAAAAUCACAUUUUUGGACGAUUUGUCCUACGAAGGAUACCUAAUUUUCAAAGACCUUUGUAACAUUUUGAACGAGUCUCCAGCCUCUUUUUUGGAAGGAAUCCCCUUGAAACCAUUGGCAUCCUUGGAGUUUAUCCAUACUGUGAUCAAUAACCAGCGAGACUUGUUCAGAUCUCGGCCAGAUCUCAUAUUUCUCUUCAAAGACCAUUUGGUACCCUCGCUUCUUCAUAUCCUCAAUUCUCCAACAAAGUCGUUUCCUUACUUUGUUCGGUGCCUCAGAGUAAUACAGUGCCUCUUGAUGUACUACGUGGACAAGCUUGAGAUAGAAAGCGAGGUGCUCUUGUCGUUUUUAAACCAUCUCCUUUUGAAUGAAGAGAACAUCCCCCAAGAAUGGGCCACAAAGUCGUUUCUGUGGGACAAGAUUUUGGUGCUUGAGACCCUUCUUGGUCUUUUCAACAAUUUUAGUGCUAUUCUAACCAUCUACGAAAAAUUCGACAACUCCAAAACGAAAAAAAAUGUCCUCUUGGAGAUGUUGAAUACGCUUCAAGUUUUCAUCAGCCACAACUCCUACCUUGUCACAGAAGCUCUUGAACCCAUAACUGCAAACCAUCUGCCUUCGGACUACAUUUCCAAAAAAUCCUCUUCUUACGAGUCGCCAUGUUGGAUAACCUCGACAAAACCGAACCACCCACUACUAUACUUCAAACCUACCCCGUAUUACUUAAUUUUUUCAUAA